CGUGGAUAAGGGUAAUAAAGCCCAAUCUCUGUCACAGUUCUCCCCAACGCACUUUUUUCAGGGCCUCCGUAUUUUUGCCCUUCGUUGUUGUACUUGUCUAGACUCUCCCCUCUUCGUCUGGAGCGUCUCACGAGCACGAUACCCACGGUCUUUUUGUUUUUGCUCGCAGCUGCUUGGGCUCCGCCGCUUACGCUUCAGCCGCGAAAUUUCCUUGUCGAUAAGCCCCGCCAAAAGAAAUCCCGCGACAGAAAACAGCACUUGUCGCAGACACCACGCUCAGCGGGAUAUGCCACACUCUGAGUCGCCCACCAUGGCCUCCGCUAUCGUCGUCGACAAGAGCGGCUCUGCGCCUGCGCCCUCGCACGAGGAUGUCCAGGCGUUUUUGACGAGCAUCGUCACCGCAAAGACAUCGCACGCCUCGGUCGACGCCGCCUACGCCCUCACCGAGCUCCUGACCAACUCGGUCGGCUUCCGUGGCCUCCAGGGCUAUGGCAUCCUCGACUCGCUCAAGAAGUCGGCCACCAACAAGAAGGACCCUGUGCAGAGGGAGGGCGCCAUGAACGGCGUCGGUGCGCUUUUCGAGCGCUUCCCUCGUGCGCAGAAGUUGGCUGAGGUCAUCUUCUUGGUGCAGGACGAGACUCUGCUCCCUCUCACAAUCGACUCGCUCUCUGACAAGGCUGCACCUGUCAGAGAGUCGGCCAAGUAUGCGCUCGACUCGCUGUUCGACAACCUCUCCGCCGAGGCCAAGGUCAUCGGCUUCCUGCCUGCGCUCAUGAAAUACCUCGGAAAGAAGUCUGGAAAGUGGCAGGGCGCAGUCGGCGCUCUCGAGCUGAUGGGCCGCAUGGCCGACAAGGCCAAGAUGGGCAUGGAGAGCCUCGAGGUCGAGCAGGAGAAGGAUGUGCUCCGUGAGGCCAUGGGCAAGAAGCUCGAGGGCCUCAUUCCCAUCGUCGAGAGCUACAUGCACGACCUCAAGUCCGAGGUAGCAAAGCAGGCCGUCAAGACCAUGAACAGCCUCACCACCCUCCUCCAAAACGACGACAUCGCGCCCCGGAUACCCCUUCUUGUCAAGGCCAUCGAGGACCCCUCCACGCAGAGUCUACAGAAGGCCAUCCACGCCCUCUCGCAGACCACCUUCGUCGCCAUCGUCACAUCGCCCGUUCUCGCCAUGGUCACACCUCUGCUCGAGCGUUCGCUGAACAACCCCAACACCACACAAGAAGUCACUCGCCAGACUGUCGUCGUCGUCGAGAACUUGACCAAGCUCGUCCACGACCCCAUCGAGGCUCGCGCUUUCCUGCCCAAGCUGAGGCCUGGCGUCAAGGCUGUCUUGGACCGCGCCUCUAUGCCCGAGGUCCGUGAGAUCGGUGGUCGUGCUUUAGCUGUCAUCGAUGCUGCCAUCGCAGACAAGGAUGGCAAUGUCGAGCACGGCGCUCUCGCCCGCGUCUCACCUUUCGAGGUCUCCUUGGUCCUCGAGACACACAUCAAGAACGCCGGUGGUCUCCUGAACUUCCCUGGCGACAACGAGGUCUGGGCGUCUGCUAAGGCCCUCAUCUCUGCCAUGAUUGCCGAGGACGUCCAUGAGCGUCAGGUCAAGCGCAUCUCCUCGCUUGUUGCUCCUUACCUCCAGCCCUUGAUGAACCCCGGUGCCGCCGAAAAGGUCUCGGAGGCUGUUUCUCAGUUCUACAUUGAUGAGGACCACCGCAAGUUCGGCCAGCCCGUUGUCGAAGAUGAUGGUGAGACUGAGAUUGUCAACGCCACCUUCUCCCUCGGAUAUGGUGGUAUGUUGCUCCUUUCGCAUACCAACCUGCGUCUGCUCAAGGGUCACCGCUACGGUCUUUGCGGUCGCAACGGUGCCGGAAAGUCGACGCUCAUGCGCAGUAUCGCAAACGGCAAGCUCGAGGGAUUCCCCCCUCAGGACGAGGUCAAGACCUGCUUCGUCGAGCACAACCAGGGUGAAGACGCUGAGAUCACCAUUCUCGAAUACAUUGUCAAGGAUCCCCGAUUCCAGGAUGAGACCAGAGAGCGUAUUUCCGAGGUCUUGGAGGAAGUCGGUUUCACUUCUGGUCCCGAGGGCAGGCAAUCGCACAAGGUCGGCUCCUUGUCCGGUGGUUGGAAGAUGAAGCUCGCCCUGGCGCGUGCUAUGCUUAUGCGCGCUGACGUUCUGCUGCUCGACGAGCCCACUAACCACUUGGACGUUGCCAACGUUGCCUGGCUGCAGGAGUACCUCAAGAGCCACACUGAGAUCACUAGUCUGAUUGUUUCUCACGACUCCGGGUUCCUCGACGCCGUCUGCACCGACAUCUACCACUACGAACAGAAGAAGCUUGUCUGCUACAAAGGUAACCUUGCCGACUUCGUCAGGCAAAAGCCAGAGGGCAAGAGUUACUACACUCUCUCCGAUUCGCAGGUCCAGUUUAAGUUCCCUCCUCCCGGUAUCUUGACUGGUGUCAAGUCCAACACCCGCUCCAUCCUGCGUAUGACGGACUGCACAUUCACAUACCCCGGUGCGCCCAAGCCAUCGCUUUACAAUGCGUCCUGCAACUUGUCGCUUUCCUCCCGAGUCGCCAUCAUCGGUGCCAAUGGUGCUGGCAAAUCCACUCUCAUCAAGAUUCUGACUGGAGAAGUCGUUCCCCAGGACGGCAAGGUCGAGAAGCACCCCAACUUGCGUAUUGGUUACAUCAAGCAGCACGCUCUGGAGCACGUUGAGAUGCACUUGGAGAAAACACCCAACCAGUACCUCCAGUGGCGUUACGCCAACGGUGAUGAUCGUGAGGUGCUGAUGAAGCAGACCCGUGUCCUUACCGCGGAAGACAAGGCUCAGAUGGAGACACCCAUCGAUCUUGGUGAUGGCAAGGGCGCACGUAAGAUCGAGGCAUUGAUUGGUCGUCAGAAGUACAAGAAGACCUUCCAGUACGAGGUCAAGUGGCUCCACAUGCUGCCCAAGUUUAAUACUAUGAUCUCGCGCGAGACCCUGCUAGACAAGGGUUUCCAGAAGCUCAUCCAGGAAUUUGACGACCACGAGGCGUCUCGCGAAGGUCUUGGUUACCGUGUUCUCGAGCCCAAGGUCAUCUCCAAGCACUUCGAGGACCUCGGCAUGGACCCUGAGAUUGCCAACCACAACGAGAUCUCUGGUCUCUCCGGAGGCCAGAAGGUCAAGGUCGUGCUUGCCGGUGCCAUGUGGAACAACCCCCAUCUUCUCGUCCUUGACGAGCCAACCAACUUCUUGGACCGCGACUCUCUCGGUGGUCUCGCCGUCGCUAUCCGCGACUACAAGGGUGGUGUCAUCAUGAUUUCCCACAACGAAGAGUUUGUCGGCGCGCUCUGUCCCGAGCAGUGGCAUGUUAUCGACGGCCGUGUUCAGCACAAGGGCCACCUUGCUGUCGAUAUGGCUCGCUUCGAGGACUCCUCUCGCCCUGGCUCGUCGGUUGCUAGCAGCAACGUCAGCUCCGCCGCACCCAGCUCUGCCGGUACACCGAUCGGCUCCGACACCGAGGGUGAUAUGAAGUUCAAGGCCAAGAAGAAGAAGAAGAUGACCAAGAAGGAGCAGAAGGAGCGUGAGGUUAGGAGGCGAUUGAGAUACAUUGACUGGCUCAACAGUCCCAAGGGCACGCCUCAACCUCCCAACACCGAUGACGAGGCAGAGUGAAUGAGCUCAACUGGGUAAAUGAUUUGUUGGCAUGACAUGAUAUCACCUUAGACUUGCAUGGUCCGGCGUUCUAGAGGAAAAUACUUGGGUUUUGCAUUUCGAGUGCUCAUAGACAUGACGAUCUCACGAGGUUGGCAAUCUCUCUAUUUAGCAGACUAAAAGCAUCUUUUAUACUUCUGUUACCUUCUAGAUGUUGUCCUCGUCUCUUCCUCGUCGCUGCUACUCUCGUUUGCAAAGCACCGGUACAUGGUGCCUUCCUGCCGUCCCAAUCUGACGACGCCACGUUCUCCUUCGCACACUUUGCACCUUACAAUCGUCCUCCAUGACUGUCUCUGUAAAGAAGUGCAAUUACUCCGCCUAUGUGCGGCGAUACUGCUCCCUAGCUUCUGCGCUACGGUGCGGUAGAAAGCCUGUCACGCUAUUGGUGCAGUUUCAACAUGUCACUGCGGUAAAUUGG